GCGUUGCCAAAAAUGCUUCGCAAGAUGACAUCAAAAAAGCCUAUCGAAAAUUGGCGAUGAAGUAUCAUCCUGAUCGCAAUCCCGAUAGCAAAGAGUCAGAAGAAAAAUUUAAAGAGGUUAAAGAAGCCUACGAAAUGUUGUCUGAUGACCAAAAACGAGCUGCAUACGACCAGUAUGGACACGCAGGCGUAGAUCCCAAUAUGGCGGGAGGAUUUGGUGCAGGCGGUUUUGGUGGGCAACAAGGUUUUGGUGGGUUUGCAGAUGCCUUUGGUGAUAUUUUUGGGGAUAUGUUUAACCAGCGUGGCGGCGCAGGUGCACAGCAAGGUGGGGCAAAUCGUGCUUAUCGAGGUGCCACGGGCAUGGCAAAAUUAUUAAAGAUCCUUGUCAUACCUGUCAUGGUGAAGGUCGUGUCAAGAAAAGCAAAACCUUGGAAGUUAAAAUUCCGGCUGGGGUUGAUGAUGGUAUGCGCAUCCGCUUUUCGGGGGAAGGUGAGCCAGGACAAAACGGUGGCCCCCCAGGAGAUU